AUGGAGGCUCCAACAGACAACGACUCGAUGCAGGUGGGGCCUGUGGCCAACGGCCACGGGAAUGGUGUGCUCACAAUGCCGGCGGAGGACUUCGCCAGCCUGCACUUGCAACCCAUUCAAGACGACACGUGGAUUCGUACCGCGGAGAUUGUUCACAUGGAGAACUUUGUGGAGACCGAAGAUGGGAAGCGCAUUAAGCGCGAGAUUCUGAAGGACUACGUGGAGGAGAAGGAGCGCCAGGGUACCUUUCACCCCGAUCCCAUUCUGGAGGGUAUGGUAUACCAGGAGAAAUUCAUGGAAGCAUACCGCACGAAUGACCGCACUGUGGACGCCGACAAGGCGCACUCCUACCGCCUCAAGCUGAUGGAGCAGCAUCGCCGCGCCCGCGCCAUCGAGAACGCUGAUAUGUAA